GUUGGAGCUCACUGCAUCCGGCCCAUGGAAUGACAGCCAGCGUGAGAGCAUCUCCGAAGCGUGCAAGCUGCCUGCAGGCAGAAGACGUAGCCGACCGAAUCAAACGUGCAAAUCCUUCACGGGUUACUUCUCAGAGCAUGACGUGCAUGCGAUGAAGUUGGAUGCUGGCUGGGGCGAAAAGCUUGACCGGCUUGCAGCUCGCUGUGUGAGAGUGGGGCUCCACCUGCCCAGCGAGCAGACCGUGAAGGAGAUCCUGCGAGCCUCGCAGCAGAUGGGCCUGAAGCUUGGAGAUGACAGGCAGACGCGGUAUGAGGCCGUGAAUGCCUUCAAGAAGAGCUUGCGCCACAGGAUGCGCAAUGCUGAGAAGCAUCCGGUCCACGCGGUUGAUUGCCCCGCCAACCCAAAGGACCUGGAUGGCUGGCAGCAGAUGUAUGAUGAGGAAGACCCUCCAUGUGGCCAGACGGAUCUGCCGAACAGUGUGCCGUUGAGACAGCCGAAGGAGGCCCAACCCAAGGCAGCCGCAGCCUCGCAAGGACAAUGGGGCACGCCCAUGGAGAUGAUGCAGGCGAUGAUGCAG